AUGAACACCUUCCCUCUCGCCGCACUGUGCCUCCUGGGAACCUGGGCUGCCCUGGCCGGGGGAGUCACUGUGCAGGAUGGAAAGUUCUCCUUUUCUCUGGAGUCAGUGAAGAAGCUCAAGGGCCUCCGGGAGCUCCGGGAGCCCAGCAGUGGGAGCGGAAUGCAGUUUGAUGGACCUGCGGUUCCCGCCCUCUGUAGCUCUACUAAAUUGCCUGCAGAACUCAAGCCAGUCUGCAAGGAGCCCAACGCCAAUGAGAUCUUCAGGAGGCUGGAGGCCAUCGCUGAGGACCCGAACACAUGCGAGCUCUGUGCCUACGCUGCCUGUGCCGGAUGCUAG